CCUCUCUCUCGUCUCCAACGCUCAGUCGCACCCUCGCCUCGCGCUCGACGUGCACUCCUCACGUCGGUCCAAGAGCCGGGAAAGCUUUCCUCGCCAAAGGGAGAGCAUCACUAUUGAGCAUCGGCAGAGAUAGAGAGAUCCGUACACGGUCGUGAAGGAUAAGGGCGAGGUACAAAACUACCACCAGGAUGAGGCUCCUCGCGGUCGCCGUGGGUUUCCUCCUGCAGGCGUGCAUUGUUUCCUGCGGGACGCGGCCCAGUUUCGUUUCCGACCAGAUGAUCGCAACCGCGGCCAGUGUCGUGAACGCUUGCCAAACGCAGACAGGAGUAGCCACAGCCGACAUAGAAGCGGUAAGAAACGGUCAAUGGCCGGAAACACGUCAAUUGAAGUGCUACAUGUAUUGUCUCUGGGAACAAUUCGGCCUGGUCGACGACAAGAGAGAGUUAAGUCUGAACGGUAUGCUGACGUUCUUCCAGAGAAUACCCGCCUACAGGGCUGAGGUCGAGAAGGCGAUCAGCGAGUGCAAGGGGAUCGGUAACUAUUUGGCGAAGGGUGACAACUGCGAGUACGCGUACACGUUCAACAAGUGCUACGCGGAGCUAUCCCCGAGGACUUACUAUCUAUUCUAACGAGUCGCAGGAGGGAGAGCAAUGAGGGAAGACCAAAGACAAAGUGCUCAAGAUACAAUUUCGCCGAAUGUGUUGAGAUUUUUACACUUUGAACAUCUAAUUGCGCUGCCACGCGCCGUAAUCGCAUGGCAGCGCAGUUGCUAUCUCUAGGCCUGUUCUUCUUAGCUGAACUAGUGUUGUAUUGGAACUUUGUUCCUUUUCCUUUCAACGUUCUAUCAUAUAUUUCUCAUUUUUUAAGUAGAGAGUACAGCCUGGUUCAGUAAAUAGAACAGACCUUCUAGACGUGUCGAUUACAUAUAUUGGUGUCAGUUUCAUAUAGAUUGUUUGGUUACAUAUACUGGUUAUAUGUAUUGAUUAUACGUCUUGAUAUAUAUGUGAUAAAAUAAAGGGCUCAAUAAUCUAAUCGA